AUGGUCGAGAAGAACGUUACCAGAGUGUUAGCAGCAAAACAAGGUGAUGCAAAUGCGCGUAGAGAAGACUCAGCUGUGGCAGAAUUGCUUCUUACGCCUGCCGCAACCAUAAAAGCAGCAUCUCAAACCACCGGGGAAAAAGGUUGUGCUGUAGAAGAGAAUAUAGGUUCCCCAGAAGAGGAGGGAGAUCAAGGAGACAAAGCGGAUAGAAUUUUAGAUGUUGAUUCUAUCAUCUCGGUACCAAGAUUGUCUAAGGAGACGGUGAAAGACGUGCUAGAGGCGACCAAAACGCCUCCACCAGCUAUAGAGGUGGCUCCAGACUUGGAAGAAGAACGCACGCAUUUAUGGGCAAAAGUGAAAGAAGCGCAGUCCGCCGGCAAUAAGAUUUUAUACAAGUAUCUAUCUAACAUGUUGGCCGCAAUGGAUGAGCCCGUUGGACCGGUUUCCAAGCCUCCUGUUUUGCGAACUGUCAUCUGCACUCGUCUAUGGCUCUAUCACUUGCGCCUGCAUAAGGCUCCCCUCAAUCAUCCGCUUGCCCAUGGGCCUGCUCCGACCAAGGACCUCUUCCCAGCCGCAAUCAUCAACGAGCCGCGCGUUGUUGAAGAGGAAGAUACUGCGCCCAUAGUCCCUUACACCGAACCAGACCAAGUUGUGCUACUUUCUCGCAACGAAACAGAGCCGGACAACAAUUGCAAACUAGCAUCUGCCCUCAAUAUUGACCAGCCGGAGAAAGACAAUCCUUCACCCCUCAGGGCCCCGCCUAUUGUCCCCAACACCGAGCCGGACCAAGUCGUGCUACCUUCUUGCGACGAAGCCGAGCCAGCUGACAAUCUCAAAUCUUCGCCUGCCCCCAAUACCCAUCAGCCUGUGCAGUUGGUCGAAUCCUCUGCAGAGGAAGAAGCACCCAAUCCUGACGUUGGUCCGCCUCCAACGCGUCUCGACAAGGCUGCCACAACAGAAGACAAGAAGAACGGCACGGACCAGCCCGUGUCACCUCCGCCUGAGCGGCGUCCCCCGCCGCCAGACUACGUGUUCUGGACGCCGGUGUUUGCGCUGAUUGGCACACUGCUGCUGCUGCCGCGUUGGAUCUCCGGGCGGAAAAAGGCGGGUGCGGGCAAGCCUCUGAGCGUGGACAAGCUGCUCUUGAGUCUGGAGGAGCGUGCAGACCCGCCAGGCUUGUUUGGCAAGCUUUUUAUAACCAAGCAUCACCCCUCAAAGCACUUUGAGCUUUUCCCUUUCAUAUCUUUAUCCUUAUCAACUGCCUGA